GAGCACUCACUUGCUCAGACUAACCAACUUUCUCUCUCCGGACAGGUGACAGCAAUUGAGUGAGUACUGUAGAGAAAACUCAAUUCCUGUUACUUCCUGUUUUGUUUUCUGAUUAAUUGUUUUAUUUUAUUUAUCUGAAUUGUGGGUAAAAACAAAAUGUCUGGGGCAGAGAAGGGUGAAGCCUCUGAGGAGAAGCCUCAGAUUCCUCUUGACCCUUUAGAGGCUGAACUGCGUGCUGAGGAGGAGAAACUUCGCCAACAGGCACAGGCAAUUGAGGCUUUGAAGGCAGAGCUGAAAAUAAAAGAAGCAGCAGCUCAGAAGGAAGCCAGAAGAACACUUCUCAUUGUAGACAUUGAGAAGAUCAGGGAAGUAGUGCUGUUCUGGGGCUUGAUUGGAGCUGCUGCAUUAAGGGGAGUCAUGAUUUUCCUUGGCAGUUGGGCUCUGAAAGCCAUGGGCAGCAUCGUUCUGAUCUUCUCUGCCAUGCUUAUAUACAGUGGCCUGAAAAUGUUAUUCUGUGCUGCCGAUCAAUUGCCAGUCGAUGGAGACAACGCCAAUAACAAUCAAAUCAUUGCGAUUGCAAGAAAAGUGCUUCCCAUUGCAGGCAGUGGUCUGCAUGGCGAGCAUGGAAGUCAAUUCAUCAUCUGGAAGAGUGGACGGGUGCAAGUGACGCCAUUACUGCUUGUUCUAUGCUGCGUGGAAAUUACAGAUGUGAUAUUUGCAGUUGACUCCAUUCCAGCUGUGCUUGGGGUAUCUUCAGAUCCUUUCGUAAUCUACUUCUCCAACUUGUUUGCAAUUGUUGGUCUGAGAUGUCUGUAUAGCUGCAUAGCAGCUGCCGCCCAAGAUGAACCCUUACUGCAGCGACCAGUGGCCUUAACUUUGCUGUUCAUUGCAGUGAAAAUGGUGGUCGAAUACUUUGGGGUAAGAGUAGGCACCCGGGGCGGCACCUCCACUACACCUUACACGAAGGAGGAGGAGGAGAAGAUGGCCGCCAUCCUGCAGGAGAGAAAAGAGAAGGAGGCCAAGAAGAAGGCCCCGCAGGAGGAGCAGGCAGCAAAGUUGAAAACGAUAGAGGAGGAGAUGGCCAGAGAAAAAGAGAGGUUGAAGAAGGAAGAAGAGGAGACGUUAAAGGAGGUGGAAGAGGAAGAAGAAGAGGAACCGCCACUGCAAAGGAGGAGAGGGCAACACAGUGGCAGCAAGGAUGAAGAGAUGGAGAAACGGAUUUCGGAGUGGGUCGCCAACUUAUCCCUGGGCGAAGACAAAGAGGUAACUAUGUAUAUCCCCAAGGAUGAGCAGRARGMCGCUAUGARRAAAUGGGWAGCAGAAGAAGAUGUYCUGAAGCRGCAGGCGAUGSAAGAUGAAACGAGGAUGGWGUGGAAACUCGCAAUGAUGAGGGAGAAGAAGAAAAGAGUGGACGCGGCGAGUGAAGCGGUUAAGGAUCUGGAGGAGGUGCAAAAACUAACUCUACGAUUGACCCCUCAGGAUAUAGCUGUGCGUUCGAUGCGGAUGGGAUUUUGGGACUUUGCCUGCGAGCUGGUAGGUGUUGUAGGAGCCGAGGUGAAUCAUCGCCUCGAGAAGACCGAGCGCUUUUGCGUGGGCGCCAUCGAGGGCGUCAAGGUGGCAGCUCCCAAGGAGGAAGAAGCGCGUCCUCGUAGGGAGCCGGUCAAAGUCAAAUUCCCUGAUUCCUACAGUGGAAAAAGGGAAGAGAACUUUGACAAUUGGGAGGCCAACGUCAAGACCUAUGUGCAUCUGCAACAAGUCUCCCCAGAUCAACACGUGUUGAUUGCGAUUCAUGCGCUCAGAGACGAGGCCGCCAGUUUCGCAAGGUCCCUAGUCCGCGCAGCCAACUGUAACAACGAUGCAGUGGCCUAUUCGUCAUUCACUCCCCUCAUUGACUUCAUGAAAUUGUUGAGCGAACGAUUCGCUGAUGUCGCUCGCAGUGUCAAGGCCUCAGAUAAGCUCCAAACCAUCCAUGCUCGUAAAUGGAAGAGUGUCAGGGCACUCAAGGGCACGAUGGAUGAAUUAGUGGCUGUCCCCGACCAUGGAGUCACGGAGGCCCAAUUGGUCGGCCUCUUCUAUCGGGCUAUGCCCGAAGCCUUUCGAGGGCAGUUCUUCGCGAAGAGCGAAGACCCUGCCACCACUUAUGAUUCCCUUAGCCGUGAAGUGGUGGCUUUCGAAGAGAAGUCGGUGUCGCUUUCUACCUUCUGGCACAAAGACCUUGACAAAGGAAAGCAAUGGAAAGGUCGCACGAUCUCCGGGCAAGUUAAGACUAAGGAUAGUCUUGUCAUGACCUUAGACGAAGGUAGCGUCGACGAGAUCCCCUAUGAACAAAUUGAAUGGGGGUUAGAGGACGAGGAUAGCGGUGCGAGUCAGGGGAGAACUUACGCUGCUGUCGCGGCUGGAGGGAGGCCGCAAGGAGGAGGGCGAGGCCAGAGCCAAGGGGGCCGGGCCUCAGGGAGCCGGUUUCAGGGCGAUCAGGGGGUUGGCGGCAGAGGAGGAAACCGCCAAGCGGGAGGAAGGGGUCAAGGUCCCCCGCAAAACCGUCCUAGGAAUAGGUCUCCCUAUAGGGUAGGCGGAUGGCACCCAGGGCUACCGCAGGACCCUGCUAUUGCCAAACUGCUGGAGGAGUUUAAAGAUCUAGCUGAGCCGCCGACAGGAGUAGUACCGCGGCCCAUCCAGCAUCGCAUUGAGAUAGAGCCUGGCAGUAAAACUCCUAAGGGUGCGGUGUAUAGGAUGUCCCCGCGGGAGUUAGAGGAGCUUCGUAAGCAACUAGACGAGUUCCUUGAGAAGGGUUGGAUUAGGCCCAGUUCAUCUCCAUUUGAAGCGCCUGUUCUCUUUGUCCCCAAGAAAGAGGGAGAGUUGAGGAUGUGUGUAGACUAUAGGGGCCCGAAUGCAGUUACAAUGAAGAAUGUUGAGCCACUGCCUAGGAUAAACGAUCUCUUGGAUCGAGUGCAGGGGGCGAAGUACUUGUCAAAGAUAGAUUUGAACUCCGGAUAUCAUCAGAUAGAGGUGCAUCCUGAUGAUCAGUAUAAGACAGCCUUCCAGACUAGAUAUGGGCACUAUGAGUUCAUAGUGAUGCCCUUUGGACUAACCAAUGCGUUAGCGACGUUCCAGCGCUGCAUGAACGAUUUGUUUAGGCCAUGGUUAGAUAGAUUUGUUGUUGUCUACUUAGAUGACAUUUUACUGUUUAGCAAGACCCUCCAAGAACAUCAGGGUCAUCUCAGGCAGGUCUUGGAAAAGCUGAGAGAAGCAAACUUCAAGAUCAAUGCAAAGAAGUGCGAUUGGGCGAAGACCCAAGUCCUAUAUCUAGGCCACAUCUUAGACGGAGACGGCGUUAAGCCAGAAGACGGCAAAAUCGCAGCGAUUAGAGAUUGGCCCACGCCACGUACGCUAACAGAGCUGCGGUCAUUCUUGGGCUUAGCUAACUACUAUAGGAAGUUCGUGAGGAACUUCUCCACUAUCGAUGCGCCCCUUCGCAGACUGCUCAGGAAGGAGGCCAUCUGGAAGUGGGAUAAGGACUGCACGUCUGCCAUGAAGAAGUUGAAGCAUGCAUUAAUAGAGUACCCAGUCCUUAAGGUAGCCGAUCCGUCCUUGCCCUUUGUCGUUACUACGGACGCGAGCCAGUACGGCAUAGGUGUUGUGUUGCAGCAAGACGAUGGCAAUGGUUAUAGACCCGUAGAGUUCAUGUCCGCUAGGAUGCCUUCAAAGAAGGUUGCGACAUCUACCUAUGAGAGGGAACUCUACGCUCUCCGGCAAGCAUUGGAGCACUGGAAGCAUUACUUGCUUGGGAGGCACUUCAAAGUCUAUUCUGACCACGAGACCUUGCGAUGGUUAAAGACGCAGGCCAAGAUGACACCUAAGCUUACUAGGUGGGCCACAGAAAUAGAUCAGUACGACUUUGAGCUCAAGCCGGUCAAAGGGAAGUAUAACGUAUUUGCGGACGCUCUGAGUAGGAGAGCUGAUUACUUUGGGGCCAUAGUCUAUUAUCUAGAUAUAGGGUCAGACCUACAACAAAAAGUUAAAGAGGCGUACGCGCAGGACCCCAUCUAUAGUGAGAUCCUUAAGAGAGUUAAGGAAGCCCCAGAGUCCGAGCCAUAUUACCGGACUACUGAUGGGUUGUUGUUUGAGAAGACUAACGUGGUAGACCGUUUGUGUGUCCCCAACAGUGAAGAGAUACGGAGUCUGAUCUUGGGGGAAUGUCACGACACCGAGGGACACUUUGGUUGGCAGAAGACUUUAGCCAACCUGAUGCACGCGUACACCUGGCCAGGAAUGAAAAAUGACUGCAUAGAGUACGUUCGCAGUUGCAAAGUCUGCCAGCGAAAUAAGUCCACUACGCGUGCCCCUCUAGGCCUUCUCAGACCUUUACCUAUCCCUGAUCAGUCGGGAGAUUCAGUGUCCAUUGACUUCAUGGACACCGGCGUUAAGAGUAGACAUGGCAAGAGCCAAGUUAUGGUCGUGGUAGACAGAUUUAGUAAGUAUGCUAUUUCUGUUCCCUUCCCGUCAGAAGCCAAAACAAAAUUAGUAAUUCAGAAGUUCUUUGAUCACUGGGUCAGUGAACACGGGGUUCCGCUGUCUAUAGUUAGCGAUAGAGAUACCCGGUUCACAAGUCUAAACUGGCAGGAAUUGAUGCGAGUCUACGGAUCCAAGUUGUUGAUGUCAUCUGGCCGUCAUCCAGAGACGAACGGUCAGACCGAACAGAUGAACAAGAUCCUGCAGCAAGUCCUGCACAUGUACAUUAGACCGGAUCAAGUCAAUUGGGAUGAGAUGCUGCCCAAGGUAGCCAGCGCAUACAACAACAGCCUGCACCUGUCAACCUGCCGCACUCCCAACGAGCUCCAUAAGUCUUUUAGACCACGAAGACCAUUUGAAGGGCUUAACCGGGAUCAGAUUCAUAGGCUACCGCCCGGUACAAGGAAGUUUGCGAUUCAGCACGAGAAAGAGAUAGCAACUGUUGUUGAGAAUCUCAGGAAAGCCCAGCACCGCAUGAUUGAACAGGCGAACAAGCACCGUCGCCCUUCACAGUUUCAGGUAGGCGACUUAGUCUGGGUCCAGUCUAAAGAGUUUGCGCCUGAAGAGAAUAUUUCGCAGAAGUUACUGCUUACGUAUAGAGGCCCGUGGCCGGUUCUGGAAGUCAAGGGCGACGAAGAUGGACCGUCCUAUACCAUAGAAAUCCCAGCACACCUCCACACUUACCCAGUUUUCCAUGCAUCGAAGUUGUUACCUUGUCAAACAAAUGAUCAGUUUCCAUCCCGUAGGUCUAUGAUCCCACCAGAUAUGGAUGGAAGCAUUCCUAUCUCUCUCUCAUUCUCAGCGAUCGCUUUGCUCCUCACAAUUGGCACUGCCACUGCCAUCAUAGAUGCUGCCAGGAAGAGGGCAGGGGUGAGCAGUUUGAGGACGAGCCAGGCAGAAGAAGUUGUUCAUGUGAAUGGCAUUGCCGCUAGUCACGCAGGAAGCUUCGUGAUGAAGACAGGUCCAGGGGCAGGCAUAUGGAUGCAUCAAGAGCCAGCAAGGGAUGAUGUGUCUGACAAGCCAGCAAAGCGAACAAAACAAGCCAGAAGUGCUGAGUCUUGGGAGUCAGCUUUGUUGCUGUUGCCGGAAGCAGGCAGGGAUCAAACAACUCUGGCAUAUCAGGACACUACAGAUCCCAACUCUCACGAGUGUAGCAGGACACUAUGGCUCCUACGCACACUGGUAUAUCAGGACACGACAGAGCCAGCAUUGUUGCUGUCGCCGGAAGCAGGCACGGAUCGAACAACUCUGGAGACUCCUACGCACUGGUGUGUCAGGACACUAUCGAUCCGAACAGUGCCAAGUUCCUUGUUAGAAUCUGACCAGGACUUGGAACCCCAGGCACAGCUGGACAGUACGUUCACGCCUUUGUGUGAAUCAUAGGAAGGCCACGAUGGUCCAGUCAACUGAGGAUAUGCAAGACAAGUCAGCAAAGCCACAAGAGGGCAGAAGUACUCAGAUCAGACAGAUGGGCAGCAAGCAGGCUGCGUCAAAGAUCGGGGGACACUUUUCCAUUUGUUCCCAGGCCCUUCAGGGAAUAAUGGGGCGGUUCAGUAUCUGAACAGGGACUGCCUAGAUUUCUAACGACUUUUGUGAGUCACUGCAGGGGCAUAUCUGUACAUCUGACCGCUUAGGAAAGGGAAGUUCUCGCUCUGGGUGAGAGAGAGUUGCAGAAACCUUUUGUUGAUUGUGACACAGGAGUUUGGAUGGAUGGGAGGCAGAGGAGCUCACAUGAGGCUGAGGAGGUCUGUCAUGGCUUGGACUUGGAGAAUAACUAACUUGGAGAAGGUUAACCACCCUUGGCGGAGAAGAUAAACUAUAACUUGGAGAAGAUUGACCACGCUUGGGAGAAGAAUCAACGCCACCUUGCAUG